CAGAUUCAGGCUGGGUGACUCACUCAUUGUCUGACUCACUUACUGUAGACGCACACACACAUAAACAACCCCCCAAAAAACACACUAUAGGACACUUCAUUAAGACUACUCCGAGGGAGGUGAAGCGAGUGAAUGAUAGAGAAAAAGAUAGCCGAUCUUCAACAAGUGGUGAAAUACAAAGAACAAGAGAAUACGUUUCCUGCAGCUGUUUUAGAGAGAGAGACCAGGAGAGAGGAAGGGAGGGUGUGAGGGAGGAGAAGGAGGGAAGAGGAGGAAAAAAAAGAAAGAAGCCAACUCAUCUGACACAACAGUGGGCCAAAGAAAGGGGAAGAGCAGGAGCAGCACUGUUCAGAACGAGUGGAAAAUCAAAGUUGGAGAAGACGAGUAGAAGUAUAAAGAAGACAAGACGGAGAAAAAGAAAGAGCCUCAGAGUCUGCACAAAGAUUGAACUGGGUGAAAAAAAGCUGCCAAACAAAAUAAGGAAAAGGGGGUUGAAACAGAAAGGGCCCCAACAUUUAGAGAGAAAACAGGAUGUCAACGCUACCAUCAGAAAACAGCAUUGAAGAUGCCUGCAGUCGCAGCUUCUGGAUGCCUGGGAACUAUCAGCCCACUGUGAAGCGAACAGAAGAUGCCUUCCAGGCCUGUAAUGACAUAGUGGCAUGUUUCCAAGAGAGAGCUCGCGUGGAGAGGCAGUAUGCCCAGCAGCUCAGUGAAUGGAGCAACAAGUGGAAGCCAGUAGUGGACUCCAGUCCUUUAUAUGGAUCUCUUCUGAAGGCUUGGCAGUGUUUUCUGUCCUCCGCUGACCGGCUGGCCUCCUUACACGCCUCCAUCUGUCGCUCCUUGGUGUCGGAGGAUGGCGACCGGGUCAGGACCUGGCAGAAGGACACCUUCCACAAGAAGUUAUUUGGAGGCUUUAAGGAGUCCCAGGACAUUGAGACGGGCUUCACGCGUGCUCAGAAGCCGUGGGCCAAACGACUUAAAAAGCUGGAUAAAGCCAGGAGGGCGUACCACAAAGUGAGCCGUAAGGAGCAGGCAGCCAGGGAAAGAGAGGAACACGCUCAGGGGAACCCGGAUGUCGCCAUCGACAAACAGAAGAAGAUCCAGGAGGAGAGAGAACUGGCUCAACAGGAGGCAGAGAAGGUUCGGGCCCGCUAUGAAAAAGUCCUUGAGGAGGUGAACCGCUACGCUCCACGCUACAUGGAGGAGAUGGAGUCCAUCUUUGACCAAUCGCAGGAUGAGGAGCGCAAGAGGAUUGUCUUCCUCAAGCAGGCCUUCCUCUCCAUCCACAAACACCUGGACAUUACCAACAACGAGAGUGUGAGGGCCGUGUACAAUGAGCUCCACAACACACUGAUGGCCAUCGAUGAGCAUGAGGAUCUUCGCUGGUGGAAAAACACCUACGGGCCCGGCAUGCCCACCGACUGGCCUCACUUUCAGGAAUGGAUGCCCGAGAAGAAAACCAAAAAAGGGAAGAAAGAAGUAGAAAAGAAAGGAACAAUAGAGAGGAGUGUGAUGAUUGGAGGAGUGAGGGUAAGAGCUCUGUAUGAUUAUGUUGGCCAGGAGACAGAUGAACUGUCAUUUAAAGCAGGUGAGGAGUUUUUGAAGAUCGAGGAUGAGGAUGAUCAGGGCUGGUGUCGGGGGAUGAAGGACGGCGGGUGUGAGGGGCUUUACCCAGCCAACUAUGUUGAGGUGGUGUAGUUAGUGCAUCUAAACAAAAAAUGAAAGAUCUUGUUACAUCAUGUGCUUCGUUUCACUGUGGAAGUCACAACCUGGUUUAACGACUAAAUGUCAGAAAUAUAAAACCAAUGCUGUAAAGAAAAACGCCAAGUAGCUGUUAGCCAAAGAUCUGGUCUGUGAUGAGCGUAUGAACUUAAGAGCACUUCAGAGGAUAUUUUAGCAUACAGAGAUUUUUUAAAAACUAUCCAGGUUGUGUAAUCUCUUGAAGGAUUUUGAGAAAUGUUUUAAUAUAUACAGUAUGCAUAGACCACUUGUAUUGAAGCCAUAUGAUAAACAAUGCUUUAAUGUAAAAACGUGCUCUUAUAUAACGAGCCAUUUGGUGCUGAAAUUGCAUUACAGGACAGCUAUUUUCCUUAAGCUGGCUUUUUUUAUUUUGCACCUCAACACAUUUCUAUUAAAAUGCUCACAAAGCCUCUCAACAUAUGAAGAAAGUGACGCUAAUACUGUGAUUAUAAUUAAUCCAAAGUAGCUGUACAAGUGGAGUCAGCUUUAUGGAAGUAGAUAACCUGUUUUCUCUUCUUUUUUUGUGGUUUAAAGGAACAGUUCAACACUUCGGAAUAUGGUUGUUUGUGAUUACAGCGACUAUAAUCGAUAUAUUAACAAGUUAUGCUAUGACACAUACUGUAUGUGAAAGGUUUCUGAAGAACUGCCAAACUGACCUGGAGACUGCAUGCAACAUCUCAGAUGUACUUGUGAAAACAAAAUCCGGGUGACUAUUGUGUUGAUGACUAGUUUUCUAGCUAAUAAGAUAUGUAUAAUGGCCACAGAAGAUACUGAUUAGCUGGCUGGUGGUGGUUAUAAUCUUAAAAUGGAAACCCCCCAUAAUGCUUACUGUCAACAGGUAUACAGGUACUGCAGGGAAUUAUGACAAAAAUACUUAUCCUUUAUGCUACAUCACAACAUCACAACAUCACAACAUUAAAAAUAAAUGAAAAUUUAAACAUAACUUUUAAACAAGCCUGUUUUUAUCUUGUUAGAGACCAUGGUAUAAUGACUCUGAGGUACCUAUAUAGAGAAAAAUGGACUUGGCUGAGGAAACGGUACCCCACUUUAGGUUGUGGGCUUCUUUGCCUCAAUUCAUUAUGUUCUUGAAGUAGGGCACCUUGUUGUGCAUUAUCACUCACAAUAUGUGUUAAUAGGACAGCUUUGGAGUGGUUUAUACUUUUCUAUGUUCAUAAUGUAAAAAAAUGCAAUGUAAAUGCAGUCCAUAUCUAGUUUUUUUUUUUUUUUUUUUUUCAUUUUUGAUGGAGUGAGGCUAGUAGCUUCUCCCUGUUUCCGGUCUUUGCACAAAGCCAGGACUUAUUAUCUACAAACAUUUUAAAACGAUCCAAAAUGAUGAUGGCCAAAAUUAUCUUAAUUUUGAGAUCAUGUUAGCAUCAAGAUGUUUUUGCCAAACAGGGCCCAGGUCUUAACAUGUCCCAGACUUAAAGCUAUUUCUGCACAGCGUGUUCAGAGAUGAAACUGAUAUUGCGCUUCUUCAUCACAUUCUCAGUUUGACUCCAAACAUUCAUAUUUCUUAGCAUGUCAGACUGUUCCUUUAAGAUAAAUAUGUACUGGGGAACAUUGUUUUCCUGUCUGUCUGUAAUCAUCUGUUGCUAUACUGUAUGUAUGACGCUUAUCAUGAAGGGCAUCUUUACCAAAGUAAGGAAAUGGCUUCCAGAAACUGCUGGGAUUGCCUUCCCCUAGUCUUUAGCCUUCUACAUUAUCUGUGUAUGUGCUGUGUGUCUUUAUUUGUCAUGUAAAAACUAUGCAUUUUCCCCCCAACAAUACUUUUUUUCAAACUGCCUGCCUUUUGGAAAUAAAAUUUGAAACUGUUAAAGAAACAA